AGCCAGGGUGUGCACCAUCACACUGGGAAAUAAAAGGGGUGGGUGGAUACUCCAGCCUCACUUUGGGAGAGGGGUCGAGAGGUUUAUUAACGCCACAGACCGUGGGCUGUAAAUUCUGUCUUUCAAGACACAGAAGGACUCAAUAAACAUGCCGGAGCCACUCAAAAAACCAGCCUCUGCCUUCAAGAAGAAACCGAAGACGACUGAGGCCCUGAUCGGAGGAGACGCUGUGUUCAACGCAGAGACGGAGAAGCCAGCCGCCAAGGUGAAAUGGCAGAAGGACUCCGCAGACAUCACCAACGGUGAUAAAUACGUCAUCGGCAUUGAUGGGAAUAGGCACUCGCUCACCAUCAGAAACAUCACCAAGGAAGACGGUGCAGUUUACGCUGUGAUCGCUGCCAGUUCAAAGGUCAAAUUUGAGCUCAAGGUCAAGGAACACGGAGAGCAAGCGGAAAAUGGCUGCAGUGGCAUUCAAGAUCCACCACCUGCUCCAGCAGAAGAACCUGCUCCACCUCCAGCAGAAGAACCUGCUCCAUCUCCAACAGAACAACCUGCUCCACCUCCAGCAGAAGAACCUGCUCCACCACCAGCAGAAAAACCUGCUCCACCACCAGCAGAAGAACCUGCUCCACCACCAGCAGAAAAACCUGCUCCACCUCCAGCAGAACAACCUGCUCCACCACCAGCAGAAGAACCUGCUCCACCUCCAGCAGAACAACCUGCUCCAUCUCCAGCUCCUGCAGGAGACCCUGGUGUAGAGCCAGCUCCAGCCCCUGCUCCAGCUGUGGGACAGCAGGAGAGUGCAGCUCCAGAGCAUUUGUCAGAGAACCAGCUGCCAGACACGAGGCAGGACCUGACUGGACUCUUCAUGGAGAAACCACAGAGCGGGGAGGUGAAUGUAGGUCGAAACAUCACAUUCACGGCCAGGGUGUGUUCCUCCACCCUGCUGAAGAAGCCCACGGUCCGCUGGUUCAAGGGGAAGUGGAUGGACCUGGCCAGCAAGGCUGGCAAACACCUGCAGCUGAAGGAACUGUAUGACCGCAACACCAAGGUGUACACCUUUGAGAUGCAGAUCAUCGGAGCCAAGCCCAACUACGCCGGCGGAUACAGAUGUGAAGUGUCUUCCAGAGAUAAAUUUGACAGCUGUAACUUUGAACUGGCCGUGCACGAGGGCCCGUCCGUAGGAGAGGUGGAUAUCCGUGCAGCGUUCAGGCGCACUAGCCUCGACGGAAGUGAGCAAGCAGGGGAGCUGGACUUCAGCGCUCUACUGAAGAAAAGAGACAGUUUUUUAAAAGCAUCGCCUAGAGCUGUGCAGGUCAACACAGCGCCUGAAGUGGACGUCUGGGAGAUCCUUCAGAAGGCACCACCCUCAGAAUACGAGAAGAUUGCCUUCCAGUAUGGCAUCACUGACCUCCGCGGUAUGCUGAAGAGACUGAAGAAGAUGAAGAAGGAGGAGAAGAAGAGUGAAGCAUUUCUGAAGAAGUUGGACCCUGCCUACCAGGUAGAGAAGGGUCACAAAAUCAAGCUUUCCAUUGAAGUGGCCAACCCGGAUGCAGAGGUGAAAUGGUUGAAGAAUGGUCAGGAAAUCCAUCCAAGUGGGAGCAAGUACAUCUUUGAAAGCAUUGGCAACAAGCGGCUGCUCACUAUUAAUCACUGUUCAUUGGCUGAUGAUGCUGCCUACACCUGUAUGAUCGGAGACGAGAAGUGCUUCACAGAACUCUUUGUCAAAGAGCCCCCCAUCCUCAUAGUGCGUAACCUGGAGGACCAGAUGGUGAUGAAGGGAGAGCGUGUGGAGUUUGAGUGCGAGGUGUCUGAGGAGGGCGCCCCUGUCAAGUGGGAAAAGGACGGUGUCGAGCUGACGAGGGAAGAAGCGUUCAAGUACCGCUUCAAGAAGGAUGGAACGAAGCACGUGCUGAUUAUCAACGAGGCCACCAAAGAGGACUGUGGUCACUACACGGUGAAGACCAACGGGGGAGAGUCCAUGGCUGAACUGCUGGUGCAGGAGAAACAGCUGGAGGUGUAUCAGAGCAUUGCAGACCUGACGGUGAAGGCCAAAGAGGAGGCGGUGUUCAAGUGUGAAGUUUCGGAUGAGGCCGUGAAGGGCGUCUGGUACAAAAAUGGUGUGGAAGUGAAACCCGAUGCCAGGACCCACAUCACGCAUGUCGGCAGGAUCCAUAAGUUGGCCUUUGAUGAUGUUAAACCUGAAGAUGAGGGAGACUACACGUUUGUUCCUGAGGGAUAUGCAUUCAACCUCUCAGCUAAACUCAACUUUCUUGAGGUCAAGAUUGACUAUGUUCCUCGACAAGAUCCACCAAAAAUCCACCUGGACUGUGUGGGCCACACAGCCGAGUCCACCAUCGUGGUGGUGGCAGGCAACAAGCUCCGACUCGAUGUGCCUAUAACCGGAGACCCGGCCCCCACCGUGGUCUGGACCAAGUCUGAGAAGGUGAUUGCAGACGCUGACGGCCGGGUGCAUGUGGAGAGCACAAAGGGCCACUGCAUCUUCACCAUCGAGGGCACGGAGCGGCAGGACGAGGGCGUCUACUCCGUCAUCGUGCGGAAUCCGGCGGGAGAGGACACUGCUGACAUCACCGUCAAAGUGGUCGACGUACCCGACCCCCCCCAGGCCCCUAAAGUCCUCAGUGUCGGUGAAGAUUCCUGCGUGGUGACAUGGGAGCCCCCACUGUUUGAUGGUGGCCAACCAGUCCAGGGCUAUGUUAUCGAGAGGAAGAAGAAGAAGAGCUAUCGCUGGAUGAGGCUGAAUUAUGAUGUAUAUAAGGAGACCACCUAUGAGGCCAGGAGGAUGAUCGAGGGCGUGGAGUACGAGAUGAGGGUCUAUGCGGUGAACGCCAUCGGCAUGUCAUGCCACAGCCCCGCCUCCCAGCCGUUUGUGCCAAUCGCUCCCACCAGCGAGCCCACUGGUCUGAGUGUGGACGACAUCAGCGACACCUCCAUCUCCCUGAAGUGGAGAGCCCCAGAGCGCAUGGGCUCCACGCCCUUCAACGGCUACGGGAUCGAGUACUGCAAGGAAGGCUCGGACGAGUGGAUCCCGGCCAUGGAGGGUCUGACAGACCGCAACUCGGCCAUCAUCCGGGACCUCCCAACGGGUGAGAGGAUGCAGUUUCGGGUUCGAGCCUACAACCAGGCUGGCCCCAGCGAACCCGCCAGUCUGGCCCAGGCCGUCACUAUCCAGGAAAUCAUGCAGCGCCCCAAAAUCUGGCUCCCUCGAAAUCUGCGUCAGACUCUGGUGAAGAAGGUGGGAGAAACGAUAAACCUAGUGAUCCCCUUCCAGGGAAAACCUCGGCCGAAGGUUACCUGGACUAAGGAUGGGGAGCCUCUCGACCCCAAGCAGGUGAGCAUCCGGAACAGUGACACGGACUCCAUCCUGUUCAUCCGCACGUCCAAGCACCAAGACUCCGGGGUCUACGAGGUGCAGGUUCAGAUCGAGAACGUGGAGGACAAGGCCACCGUCACCAUAAAGAUCGUGGACUUGCCAGGCCCUCCUCUGGACCUGAAGAUUAUGGACGUGUGGGGCUUCAAUGUGGCCCUGGAGUGGAAACCACCCAAGAACAACGGGAACUGUGACAUCACAGGCUACACCAUCCAGAAAGCAGACAAGAAGACCAUGGAGUGGUUCAAUGUGUUUGAGCACUAUCGGCGCACUAACUGCGUGGCCUCUGACCUCAUCAUGGGCAAUGAGUACAUAUUCCGCGUCUACGCUGCCAACAUGGUGGGCCUGAGUACGGAGCCCUGCUGCUCCAAGGACAGUGCCUACAUCCAGAAGACAGGAAUAGAUUACAAGCCACCGGUCUACAAAGAGCACAACUUCUUGGAGGCCCCAAAGUUCACACACCCCCUGGUGAGCCGUUCAGUGAUAGCAGGGUACAAUGCCACCUUGAGCUGCUCAGUGAGAGGCAUCCCGAAGCCCAAAGUGAUCUGGUACAAGAACAAAGUGGACAUCUCCCAGGAAGCCAAAUACAGGAUGUUCAGCAAGCAGGGGGUCCUGACUCUGGAGAUCCGCAAGCCAUGCCCCUUCGAUGGGGGCGUGUACACGUGCAAAGCCAUCAACGAGUCUGGAGAAGACGCCGUGGAGUGCAAGCUGGAAGUCCGAUCUCAAGUCACCAAAGAAGAUACAAAGAAAUGAGAGAGAGAGAGAAGUUUCCCUGGCAACAGAGUCCUGAGCACCCUCGUGAUGAAAGUGAUCUUUCAGAAGAAUAUUUUAUUGCAGUUCAUUCAUGUUCAUUCAUUCAGUGUGCCAUAUUGCGGUUUGUGUUCUUGUGUGUCAUAGCACCACCAGUAGUGAGACGGCAUGAUCUUGUGAGAAUUUGUGUUUUUUGAUUCAUGUAGCUCGCUGUGUAACGUGCAGU